CCGCGCCCGCCUGGCCGCUCCCCGGAGCGCGCAGCGGCUCCGGCCUCCCGCUGGGGCAGAAGGCGGGAGGCGGCUGGCGGCAGCUCCCCGGCACCCCCGCUCCGCCAUGGCUUUCGCCAAUUUCCGCCGCAUCCUGCGCCUCUCUACCUUCGAGAAGCGGCGCUCCAAGGAGUACGAGCACGUCCGCCGUGACCUGGACCCCGGCGAGGUGUGGGAGGUGGUGGGGGAGCUGGGCGACGGAGCCUUUGGCAAGGUCUACAAGGCGAAGAAUAAGGAAACUGGCGCCUUAGCGGCUGCCAAAGUCAUUGAAACAAAGAGCGAAGAUGAACUGGAGGAUUACAUGGUGGAGAUCGAAAUACUGGCGACCUGCAAUCACCCACACAUUGUCAAGCUGCUGGGAGCAUUUUACUGGGAAGGCAAGCUCUGGAUCAUGAUUGAGUUCUGCCCAGGCGGAGCAGUGGAUGCCACCAUGCUGGAGCUGGACCGCGGCCUGACCGAACCUCAGAUCCAAGUGAUCUGCCGCCAGAUGUUGGAAGCUCUCCAUUACCUCCACAGCAAAAAGAUCAUCCACCGUGACCUGAAGGCAGGCAAUGUGCUCCUCACUCAGGAUGGGGACAUCAAGCUUGCUGACUUUGGAGUGUCUGCCAAAAACGUGAAGACCUUGCAGAAGCGAGACUCUUUCAUCGGGACCCCAUACUGGAUGGCCCCGGAGGUGGUGAUGUGCGAGACCAUGAAGGACACUCCGUACGACUACAAGGCAGACAUCUGGUCCCUGGGCAUCACACUGAUCGAGAUGGCCCAGAUCGAGCCACCUCAUCACGAGCUCAACCCCAUGAGAGUCCUGCUGAAGAUUGCCAAGUCUGACCCCCCUACUCUCAGCUGCCCUUCCAAAUGGUCCCUGGAGUUCAGAGAUUUCCUGAAAACAGCGCUGGACAAGAACCCAGAGACCCGUCCCAGUGCUGCCCAGCUGCUGGAGCAUCCCUUUGUCAGCAAGGUGACGAGCAACCGGGCCCUGCGUGAGCUGGUGGCUGAGGCCAAGGCUGAGGUGAUGGAAGAGAUUGAGGAGAGCCGGGAUGAAGCAGAAGAUGACUCAUCAGAGUCUGCCUCCCCCCCUGGUAAGCACAAGCGGGACCCCUCUGAGGCAAGUCAGCUGAGUUUUGAUGGGGAGAAACCUCUGGACUCUUCCUUACCCAAGGCAGUGAAUGGAUCUGUGGGGACUGGCAAGGCAACCACAGAUGGACAGAGCAAUAAAGUCUUGGAUGAGGCAAUGAACAGUGACAGUGACAAACUGGAGAGCAAGCACUCCACAAAACCCCUUGUUAGCUCGGCCACCUCAGCCACCCAAAGCAAGCCAGACCUCAUCUCUCAGCCUGGACAGCUGGGUAAUUCAACAGAAGGGGACCAGCAUCCCAGGCCAGGCAGCAAAGAGAGGAAGAGCAUUGGGGAGCGCCCAGAGAGCAGCCACCUGGAAAACUUCAUAGAGGAGAAGCAUGCCAAUGGCAGCGUGGAUCCCUCAGCUUCAUUCCCUGGCAGUCGGUCCAAAGAGGGCUCAGAUUCUGGCAGCACCUCAGCCUCUGAAAGCAUGGACCUCACCAUCUCCCUGUCUGCUGACUUGUCUCUCAACAGAGAGAGUGGCUCCAUCUCCCUGAAGGAUUCCCAGAUGCACAAGAAGACUCUGAAGCGCACCCGCAAGUUUGUGGUGGAUGGAGUAGAGGUCAGCGUCACCACCUCAAAGAUCAUCAGUGAGGAUGAGAAGAAGGAUGAAGAGAUGAGAUUUCUCAGGCGCCAGGAGCUGCGGGAGCUGCGUCUGCUUCAGAAGGAGGAGCACCGAAACCAGGCCCAGCUCAACAGCAAACACCAACUGCAGCUGGAGCAGAUGCUCAGGCGCUUCGAGCAAGAAAUGGUGACAAAGAAGAAGUUCUACGACAAUGAACUGGAAAACCUGGAACGGCAGCAGAAGCAGCAGAUUGAGAAGAUGGAACAAGAUCAUGCCCUGCGCCGGCGGGAGGAGGCCAAGCGCAUCCGCCUGGAGCAGGAGCGGGACCAUGUCAAAUUCCUGGAGCAGCUCAAGCAGAUGAAGAAGGAGGUUAAGAAUGAAGUUGAGAAGCUGCCGCGGCAGCAGCGCAAAGGGAACAUGAAGGCUAAGAUGGAUGACUUUGCCCAGAAAAAGCAAACCAUGGAGCAGGAGUUUUUGGCCAAGCAGAAGGAGGACCUGGAGCUGGCCAUGAAGAAUAUAAUUGCCCAGAACAAAAAGGAGAUCUGUGACAAGGAACGCGAGUGUCUGAACAAAAAGCAGCAGCUCAUGAGAGACCGGGAGGCAUGCAUCUGGGAUCUUGAAGAGCAUCAGCAACAGGAGAAACACCAGCUCAUCAAGCAGCAGCUGAAGGACCAGUAUUUUCUCCAGAGGCAUGAGCUGCUCCGGAAACAUGAGAAGGAGCGGGAGCAAAUGCAGCGAUACAACCAGCGCAUGCUGGAGCAGCUGAGAGUUCGGCAGCAGCAGGAGAAAGCUCGGCUCCCCAAAAUCCAGCGCAGCGAGGGCAAGACGCGCAUGGCCAUGUACAAGAAGAGCCUCCACAUCCACUCCAGCGGGAGCGCAGCUGAGCAGCGGGAGAAGAUAAAACAGUUUGCACAGCAGGAAGAGAAGAGGCAAAAAGCAGAACGGCUGCACCAGCAGCAGAAGCAUGAGACACAGAUGAAGGACAUGCAGGCCCAGUGUGAAAGCAACACAAACGAGCUCCAGCAGCUGCAGAAUGAAAAGUGUCACCUCUUGAUUGAGCAUGAAACCCAGAAGCUUAAGUCCUUGGAUGAGAAUCACAACCAGCACAUGAAGGAGUGGCGAGACAAGCUGAGGCCACGGAAGAAGGCCCUGGAGGAUGAGCUGAACCAGAAGAAGCGUGAACAGGAGAUGUUCUUCAAGCUGAGUGAGGAGGCAGAUGGACAGAUGCCAGCAUCCCCCACCAAACAUGCCAAGUUUGUCCCAUUCAGCUCUGCAGAGACCUUGUAACACCCUGCAGCUGGCAGGCCACCAGCUGGUACUUGCUGUGUCCUCUUGGGCUGCAAAUAGGUGAUUUGGACGAUCAUCUUGGCGGCCUCUUACAACAGCAUCCUCCUGUCCCAUCACCCUCUCUGGGAUAAGCAGGACCUCUGUUCUGUGCUGGGGGAUGCUGAUUAGAAGUUUCAGUGGCUUUUCCAGGAGCUGGCCUGCUCAGCACAGCUCCAGGCUGGAAAGCCAGGCAGGACCCUUUCUGCCUUAGUACUUGCACUGUUAGCUGAUCCCAUUGCCUCUCACGUGAGCCUGGUGCUCACUGGAUUUAUCAACUCACACUGAAGCAGUAACCUCUCUGAGCAGGAGAAACAGGUGAUGGCUCCUGCUCUCUGUGCAUGGUUUCUCAGCCUUUCUUUCCACUGUGGCUGUUCCUGCUCCUCUGUAAGGACCAGGCAGCUUUGGCAUUGCCUGAGGCUAAACCUGUCUGUGUGCCCCUCCAGCACUUGCCUUCUUGCCUUAAAUUUAUUUCUGUCUACCGUGGCCCUUUUUUGCUCAAGGGAGAGGCAGUGAUUUGGAUGUUUCCUACCUUCGAGGAGGAAGGGUUGGGAUUUUUCUUUUCUCUUCCUCCCCAUACAGACUAUGCAGAAAGGGGACUGGCUGCCUGUUCUUCCAAAGAGUCUGCUGCUUCGUUUGCCAUGACUGCUGUCACCACAGUCCCUCUGGCACCUAGUUAACAUUAUCUUAUCAGAGGCAGGGCUACAGCGUAAUUAAACUGUUCAGCUGGCUGCAGGCUUUUGUCUCUUGGAGGAGUGGCUGUGCAGAGACAGAAGUUGAGGUUUGUAAUGGUGCACAGUGCUGUGGUGACAGUGAGCUGUUGGUCACAGUCAUGCCUUCUGGUAGGGAUGAGUGGGGGGCUGAAGCUGUUACUGCCAGAGCUCUCAUGAUCACACACAUGCCUGUGAUUAUUUUUUUUUAAGUGAUACAUGUGUGGACCAGGUGGGUCAGUCAGCUUGGCCACUGCAGUUGGGAUUAUGGGCUGGAAGGGAUGAAGAAGUCUUGAAACAAGUAAUGCAAGGGAAGAAGAGAUGCAAGGACAGGUUAUGGAGGCUUGUUUCUCGCAGCAUCACUUUCUCCACUGAUGUUUUAUGUCCUUGCAGUAUGCCAAAGUUUCUGGCUCUAAGCUCAGAGUCACACUGCAGAGCAGCAGAGCCACAGCAGGUUAAGCCCUCUGUCCUUUCUUCUCCAUGGUGGUGUGUCUCAGUUGGGCUGCCCUCCUCCUGCAUUAGGGCAGUGGCUGACCUGCUGAGUGGGACCCAGAACACAGACCUGAGUGGGAACACACCACUCACUGGGCAGCACUUUCUUUACACAACCAAAAGGUGUAAGGUAGCACUUAAGUUUUCUGCUCUUUUAAUCUCUGGACAACAUUGUUUAGUUUAAUCCUGCUUCCCUAGCAAGAAAAAAAUGUUUAUGCUUAAAAAUAAAAAUAAAGUUGUUAUUUUAAAGUCUCAUAUGUUGAUUUAGAGACAUACUGGCAUUUCAGGAAAAGGUGGUAUGUGAUGUGCUACACUUUCAGGUACCUAGCUGAAAGAGUCAGCCCUCCCCCCCAAAAAAAAACUCUUUAUCCAAGAAGUGUAUUUUUUACCCAUUUAGAGUUCAUAAUAUUUAUAAUCUUCCUGCACUAUUAAGACAUUUGGAACAUUCCAUUUUUUUUCUGAAUCCACACCAUUAAUGUCUCUAUCAAUAACAUAACCUAGAUGGACCUCUGAGGGCUGGCACCCUUUGCAAGCAGACUGCAUUGCAGCAUUUCAGUAACUAGCCUGUCCUCUCAGGGAGACUGCCUGUCCCAUCUCCAAAAGCACUGACUGUACCUGUCAGCUAGGAUAGUGCCAGGUUGGGAGCUGGUGUAGAAUUAAUGAAGGCAGAGGUUUGUUCCUCACCCAGGAGACUGCUGGUUUGAGCUUUUCAGUUGCAUUGGAAGCGUGUUACAGCAGCCCCAGGGAUUCUGUGCCUGGUCCCAUCGGGGUCAGGCUGGAGCUAUUCUGUGAAAUGGUUGUCACAGAAAUCAGCACCUGGUGCCUGUCUGCCAUGUGCUACAUGUGACUUGCAGAAAGAUGUCCUGCAGCAUCUUGCUCAUAACAUACAUCCUCCAGCUGAAGGGCACUGCUGCCUCCAACUGACACCUCCACCAGUCCAGGGAGUCAUCUCUCUCUGGAUAUUGUCCAGCCACGAUUAAGAAGACUCUUUCUGGGUGAGGGCUUUUAAAGAGCUGAUGUGAUGCCCCCAUGGUGUAUCGGUUGUCCAGUAGAUCUUAUUUGCAGCCUGGAGUUUGCUACCAACAGUUUUGUGUUUGCUAGCAGAGGGUAGGAAUGGGUUUGUCCUCUGCCCUUUCCCUGUUCUGUUCCCUCUCGGGGGGGCUAGAAGAGGGUGGGGGAGCAUCUUCUGACUGUCAUAUUUACAGGGUGAUUAUAUAGGUAUAUGAUUUUUUUCUUUACCGUUUCAAAAGAGGAUUUUUGUUGUUCCUGUUCAGAAGGAACCAUGAAUAAACCCAGCCUGAUGAGGGGUUUUUGGGGGGUUGGCAUUGGUUUAUGUUUUUUGACGGGGGGGGGAGGUGCCAUCUUUUUAAAUGUGGCUUUGAAUAAAAGUGAUUUUUGUAUUAUUUUGUAAAGUGCCUUCAGCGGGGCUGUGACUGUGAUGUAAAGACUAUUCUAAUAAAGUAACAGUAAGAACCGUG